AGAAUGGGUCAACACCCAUCAACAUUUGCUCUACAGUGCCUCUAAAAUCUCAAGCAAUUUUUUCCUCUAAACAUAACGAAAGGGAGAAUUGGCAUUUGGAAAUCAACGUAGAACCAGAAAAUGGAACUAAAAAAGAGCCGAGGCGAGGAGGGGAUCUGUGCGGUGGUGUCUAGGAACGGCUCUCUUCUUCAGGCUGGAGAGAACGAUGGUUGGCAAGCCCAGGUCCUCGAAUUUCACCUUGUCUGAAAAGCUGGAUUUGCUGAAACUUGUCAAGCCCUAUGUCAAAAUCCUCGAGGAGCACACCAACAAGCACUCCGUCAUAGUGGAGAAAAAUAAAUGCUGGGACAUCAUAGCUGAUAACUACAAUGCCAUUGGAGUGGACCGCCCGCCUCGCACGGCGCAAGGCCUGCGCACGUUGUACAAGAGGCUCAAGGAAUAUGCCAAGCAGGAGCUUCUGCAGCAGAAGGAGAGCAUUUCAGACUACAAGGGCUACAUCUCUGAGCCAACCAAGAAAGUUGUGGAGAUGAUCCCCCAGAUUUCCAGCGUGUGCUUGAGAGAGAGGAACAACCUGCCAUGUGCUACCGGGGAAAAAGGAACUGUGGCUACGACGAGUUCACCGCAGCCCAUCUUGGAACACCAUCCUGCUGCGAUCACACUGGAGUUGGAUCAAGAGGAAGAAGAGGAUGUCAAACCACCUCCUUCUUUGAUUGUAGAGUUACAAAGCCAGGAGGGCUUAGAGCAAAGAGAACAACAACAUUUGGUCCAUAUCAUGGAGCAAUCUCCUUCAACUUCCCUGUCUUCUGUGGAUAUAAGGAUGUUAUCUCCAUCACCCAUUUCUAGAAGAGAUGAAUUUUUCAGGCUUGAAAGUGGGGAACGAUUUAGGCCAGCAUGUGGAGGGUAUGAUCCUCAGAUGUUGCAGAUGCUAAAAGAAGAACAUCACAUAAUUUUGGAAAACCAGAGGAAAAUUGGGCUUUACAUCCAGGAAAAAAGGGAUGGCUUGAAAAGAAGACAACAGCUGGAAGAAGAGCUAUUAAGAGCAAAAAUUAAAGUAGAAAAAUUAAAGGCGAUACGACUACGUCGUGAUCUUCCUGAAUUCAACAGUCUUUGAAGACUGAGCGUAAAACAGGGUUAUUGCCUAAUUCUUUUUCAUUUAGAAAAGAUUAUUUGCCAUGUUUAUUUGGAUGGAUUAAAACUCAGCCUUGGGACGAGGGAAGAGUGCAUGUUUUUUUCCAUUUUAUUUUUCAUGCACAUUUACAAAAAAACACAAAGCCAUCUUACAUGGGUCUUCCCAGGUUUUCUGACUUGAAAUAGGAGCAGAUUUGAGACUAUAAAUCUUUUGGAAUUCUGUGAUCAUAUUACUGUUAAUAAAAACAAAUGAUAAUUUAUGCAGCUGUUGUAAAAGAUGCUGAUUUUAUUCUUGGUUUCCUUUUGUUUUUUUCUGGAGCGAUGCUUAUCUGCCCAUUUUGAAACAUUCAUUUGCUUGUUGGUCAAUAAACAUACGCAAAAUGGAGAGGAAAAAAA